CAGCCCGAGUCGCGGUCUAUGAACUGUUAAAAAAACACGGCCAUUGCUGUUGGAUAUUCCGUAUUUGUUUGGUGUUUGAGUGGAAACACAGAGGGUUGACUCGCCAUGGCACAAUAUGGAAAGUCCGAAUAUUGGGAGGAGCGCUACACCAGGGAUCCCGAACCUUUCGAUUGGUAUCAGCGCUGGGCUGGGCUCAAGGAGACCUUCACGGAGUUUGCACAGCCCUCCCACGCAAUCCUAAUGCUCGGAUGCGGCAACUCCCGUCUCAGUGAGGAGAUGUAUGAAGAAGGCUAUCACAGUAUCACCAACAUCGACCUCUGCAUGACCGUCAUCAAAGCGAUGCAAGAGAAGUACCGCGACAAGCCUGGCCUGACCUACAAACAGAUGGACGGACGUUCCAUGGAGCUCCCAGAUGCCAACUUCAACGUGGUCAUUGACAAGGCCUGCCUGGAUUCAAUCCUCUGCGGCGAGGGCUCAACACACAAUGCCCAGAAGCUGCUCACAGAGGUUGCCAGGGUUUUGCAGCCCAACGGCGUCUACAUUGCCGUGUCCCACGGUCAGCCCUCCUAUCGCCUGACCUAUCUGCAGCGGCCAGAGUUUGGAUGGAACGUCAAGACCUAUACCGUGCAGAAGCCAAUGAUGGGUAUGACUGCCUCUUUGUCUGCAGACGACAAGGAUAGCGUCCACUACAUCUACGUUUGUGUCAAGGGUGAAGUUGCCAAGGAUUCCUAGAUCCACUGAAGGGGCAGAGCGGAAAGGAUGAAAGGCGAUCUCAAACGGCAGAGAUCAGCUUCGGCGCACACGAAGGAUGUGCAAAUAUGUUUGGCUCAUUGGAUUUCCACAAAAC